AUGGGCAACUCUUCUUCUCCACCUGCCUUCUUCUCUAUGCUCAUUUUCACCAUAGCCUUCUUUGUCUAUUCGUCCUCUUUAAUGGUCAUGGCUAUGAGUGGUGACCAUAGUCUUAGCUGGCUCUCGACUGAAGCUCGAUGCCAUGGACGUUCGUUAAGUGAAUGCAUGAUGAAUGUUGAGUUUGAAAUGGAUUCUGAGAUCAAUCGUCGUAUCUUAGCGACUUCAAGUUACAUAAGUUACAAGUCGUUGAAGGCGAACAACAUUCCAUGCUCUCGACGAGGUUCGUCCUACUACAAUUGCCAGCCCGGGGCUGAAGCUAACCCGUAUCAGCGGGGUUGUACUGUCAUUACUCGUUGCAGAAGCUAA